AAGAAAAUUAAAAAUGCCAUUAAAAUGUAAUUUUUUUUUUAUGGGAGAGAAAAAUGGAAUUUAUUCACAAAAAGAAAAAUGAAAUGACAACACGCGACGACAAGGGAAAGGAAAUGGGCAAACCGUCACCAAACCCGAACCCCAGCUACCAGUCUCCUCUCCGGUCACCGUCACCACCGCCGCCGCCGCAGCAAGAACCUCUUCACCAGAGCGACGCCGACGAAGACGACGACAACGUGAAGCAGCUCGGAGAAUGCUCUUCUCUCUACUUGUCCUUGCAGGAUUGUCUUGUUAGUUCCAACAGAAAUUGGAAAUCUUGCCAAAAGGAGGUUCAAGCUUUGAAGGCAUGCAAUGAGAGGAGGAAAAAUGAUGGUGGGAAGUGAGAAUUCAUACGGUUAAGAUUGCAUUGUGCUCAUUUGAAAUUGUUUUUUAUGGCAAAUUUAUUCAUGUAUUGGAAUUGAAUUCUUGAAUUGAGUUGAAUUGAUUUGCCUAUGGAAUAACUUCUUACUUUUCUU